AUGGCGACUCCGAUCGGUUCUCCCCGUGUCCCCUCGACUGUCGGUUCCUCACUAGUGACGCCAGUUGCUCGGGAUGUCGUGGAGCCCGAUGAUAGUGCCCACGCAUCUCGCUGCACUGCACCCGCCUCGCACGCUUCGCUCGCUCGCUCUGCUUCGCUGCUUGCUUCGCCGCCUGCUGAGGACGAUCAGAGAGCUCAGCACCAUGCGCCGCUUUUGCCAUGCUCUGCUGCCGCUUUCGCAACGCCUGGCACGAUGCACGCCGGCAUGCUGCCUGCUCCUGCCACCGCUCGUGCUUUGCCUUUGUUGCCUGCCUUUUCUGCGUCCGCUGCUCCUGCUGCUUCCGCACCUGCCCUUCUUCCGACCGAUUCUUUGUCUUGUCCUCUGUCCCUUCGCGGGGAUCCAGAGGGCUCUCGGGCCCUCUUUGGGUCCGGGCCGGACGGCCGUGGUCCACCGAUUUCGGACCCGGCGUCCUUUCGUCCACCGCGCCCCGAUUCAUAUGGGCCGGUGGCAGGCCGCGGUGGAGCCUCGCUCCCCGACGAGCCCAUGAGCGAGCACCCGGGUGCACCCCAUGUUUCCGUCGCAACGAUUACCGCGGCGGAUCAUGGUGGUGCUGCCCCCGCCACCGAUAACGGCGGGAGGCUUCCCGGUCCCUGCGCUGUCAGGGCCCUGGUCGAUGAAGCCAUUGGGUCGGAAGCAUCCGCGCGUAUCGCCACCGAUAUUCUGGCGAUCGCGCAGGGUGUGUCCAACACCCAAGCCGACCUCGAUAUUCUGAGGAACGGCGUCUCGGACAUUGCUGAAGCACUUGAAGACAAGAUCCGAGAAAUGUGGGAGCUUCUACAGGCCGAGAUGAGGAAGGAGCGUGAACUACACACGAUCUUUCAGGACUCCGUCCGCGAAAGGCGGAUUUCGGACCAUGAAACUCUUGAAGAGCAUUUUGCGAGGCUCAACUCGAUGGUCAACGAUCGAUUCAUUGAGUUUGAUGAGCGGAUCCACCGAUUCAACGAAAAGCGUGCUGGAUCGAUAUCCAUGCAGCUUGCUGAGACGAUCCGCCACAUCAAGCAUUACCCUGAUGCGCUGCAGCAAAUUCAGAUCAAUAUCUCAAAUGCUGAGGCGCGCAUCGCUACGGUUGAGCAGAAUGCUACUCACCGUAUCGAGGUCAUUAGAACCGAAAUGAGCCGUGCUCUCUACGAUCAUAAGGAGAGUAACCGUGUUCUCAUCGAUCAGCUCACUGCUCGCAUUCAGCAUCUUGAGAGUUCUCAUGUCCGCAGGGGUGGUUCUGACAUGUCGACACCUUCGCGUCCGGAACGGACGCAGUUCUUCGACAUCAGUGACCAUGAUGGGGAUAUCCCACGUCCCGCGGACUUGCCGCCAGUUCCUGGUGCUCUAUUCCCUGGCGGACCGACUACAGCCAUUCCGAGAUCUUCUUUGUUGGGUCCGAUUGAUCAUGGCUCUCCGCCGGGAUGCAAUGCUGCGCCUGCUGAAAAGGCCUCAACGGUGCACUCUCAGACGAGUGGCAUCAAUCUUGAUGACAUUCUGAGGCGCGCGCAGCAACGAGUCGCUGAUGAUCAUCCUCCUGAAAGUCGCGGGCAAAAUAAUCCUGUUGAGCCCGUCCGACAAAAUUAUGGCCAAACGUCUGCCUCUUUUUCAGGAAGAUCUCCGAUUCCGACCGUUCCGUCCACAAAUGCCGCCGGAACGACAUCCGGCCAAGCUCCGAGUGUCAGACCCUUCCCUGUCGAUGACGAUCUGGCCAUUCGCAGUGGCGUCCGCUAUGACCCUGAAGCCCAGAGAUUUGCUCCAGAGCCCAAGCGGAGCCCUACAUUUCCAUGCCAGAUCUCGUAUGAUACGCGAACUGUUCCGGCAGGAAAGGGACCUUCAAGAUGGUAUGAUGCAAUGCUUGGCCGAUCCAAUCUCAUUGGCAGCGGUUCUGGUGCACCUGUUCUCCAAAGCGAGACUGGCACCUUCACGCUAGCACCGAGCGCAAGCGUCACUGGAACAUUUCGACCUGCUGCCACUGAUGAUGUCGAUGGAUGGACUAUGCCUCCGAUGCCCACCUUUAAUGCUAGAACAUCCGCCCCUGCACCCAGUGCUGCGCCAUCCGGAUUAGGCGGACCGCCGCCCGCGCAUGGCGGUGACGGUGGUUCUUUCGGUGGUAGUGGCCCCAACGAUAACGGGGGUGCAUACGGUGGUGGUGUUGGUGGACAUGGACACCAUGGGUCCGGCUUCGGCCCUGGUGGCGGUGGUGGACCACCCAGUGGCCCGCCCAGUGGCCCGCCCGGUGGUGGUGGCCCUCCUGACGGGAAUGGCCCGCCUGAUGGUGGACUUGAUCCGCCUAGCAUCAGGCCCUCCGGCCGGCCGAGUGGGAAUGAUACUUUCCAGUGCGAGCGCUGCACCGGAACUUUCCCAACCACCGUGCGGCGAUCGUGCAUAUCUUGCCGAUUCUCGUGUUGCAAUGGAUGUUGCCGAGAUCCUUUGAGAAUCUGUCUCGUGUGUCUUGAGAGACAGACUGGGAAUCCGCCCGGUCCCAACGAUACGGGAUUCGGUGGACCCAAGGGCGAUGGAUCGCUGAGCGAGGCUAAGAAGGCGAAAUGCAAGUCCUUCCGACUCGAUCCCGAGCCGGAGCCCGCUCAGCUGCGGCGCUGGAUCGUCGACAUGAAGGAGCGAGUUGCAAAUGCAUUCGCAUACGAUCCCGGAUACGCACUCUCGUGGGUUGAGAUUCCCGAUGGUACACGAUAUGAAGACCUUCUUGAUGAGUGCAAGUACGGAAUGCUUGAGAAUGAAUGCAACUCUGCAUUCCGCGAUAGGCAGAUCUUGUGGUUGUUGUAUGAUUUCCUUCGACCACAUGUCACUGGCGAUUCGACCUUCAAGCUCGUCGAUCUGAUGAAGACCACGAUUGAUCGGUUUACUCAUGGAUCCGAGCAGGAGAGGCUAGAAGCCUUCUCCAAUCGGUGGGAUCAUGUUCUCGCUGGUAUCUCAGUCGAUCGUCCCGAGGAUCCUGUUCUCUGCGCACUCUUCUAUGAGCAGGUACGUGAGUUCCGCUGUCUCGAGCUCGAUAUGCAGUUGUGGGACAGGGACGUGUCUGUCCGGAACUACGCAUAUUUGCGGACUGUCUGCGUCAAUGCGAUUACAACUUGGCGCCGGCGUCGCAACCAGGAGAAGAUGUACACCGCUACUCGAUCCACCUCUGCGCAAAGACGACUCAAGAAGAGGGAGUCCCUACCGAAGGAGCUCGCCGAGGCGCUCGUCGCCCAGACGAUCCUCCCCGAGGCGCGGUUCGCCGAGGCGAUACUCGCCGCGCAGUCCGGGAAGGGCCGCUCCUGCUCAGCCUAA